AACUCAAAUCACAUAAAAUCACUUGAACACAAGUUACUACUUUUUCAUAUAUUCAUAUUAACAAAUAUCUAUUACGUCGACCUCUUCUUCAUCCAUUUCUCUUCUUUGUUUUACUUCAACAGGUUUCAGCUAAAUUCAAUGCAGGGAAUUCCUAUCACCUCCUCCAACUACAACUAUGCUUCUUCCACGUUUCCUUUCUUAUUUUCUCAUCACAACUUCACCACCACCAUCAACGUUUCUCGAACCUCUUCUUUUCGUGUGUUUUGCUGUCAAUCUGAAUUCAAGACAGAGAAAGUUCAAAUAAGAAGGUUCUCUCCUUUAUUAGAAAGUUCAUUGGUUUCUGGUAAUGGUGCUGUGGCUUUAGAUGAGUGGAAAGCAGUUCCUGACAUUUGGAGAACUUCUGCUGAGAAGUUUGGUGAUAAUGUAGCAUUGGUAGAUCAAUAUCAUGAUCCUCCUACAACUAUGACAUACAAACAGUUGGAGGAUGCAAUAUUGGACUUUGCUGAGGGUUUGAGAGUUAUUGGAGUAAAACCUGAUGAGAAGAUUGCCCUUUUUGCUGAUAACUCAUGUCGUUGGCUUGUAGCAGAUCAAGGCAUGAUGGCAAUUGGAGCAAUCAAUGUGGUAAGGGGUUCAAGGUCAUCAAUUGAAGAACUUCUGCAAAUAUACAACCACUCUGAAAGUGUUGCACUGGCUGUGGACAAUCCUGAAAUGUUUAAUCGGAUUGCAAAACCAUUUUACUUAAAGAGUUCAAUCAGAUUUAUCAUUCUUCUUUGGGGAGAAAAAUCAUGCCUGGUUAGUGAAGGAAACAAGGAGGUGCCAAUCUUUACAUUCAUGGAAGUCAUACAUUUAGGGCGAGAAUGUCGCAAGGCAUUGUUUGAGUGCCAUGAUGCUAGACAACCCUAUAAGUUUGAAGCAAUAAAAUCUGAUGACAUAGCUACUCUUGUGUACACAAGUGGAACUACUGGAAAUCCAAAAGGUGUUAUGCUAACCCAUCACAAUCUUUUGCAUCAGAUCAAACACUUAACGGAUGUUGCACCUGCUGAAGUUGGGGAUAUAUUUCUAAGUAUGCUGCCUCCAUGGCAUGCAUAUGAAAGAGCUUGCGAGUAUUUCAUUUUCGCACGUGGUGUUGAACAAAUAUACACUACCGUGAGAAACUUGAAGGAUGAUUUGGGACGUUAUCAGCCACAGUUGAUGGUUUCUGUUCCUUUAGUUUAUGAAACUUUGUACAGUGGGAUCCAAAAGCAGAUAUCAACAAGCUCACUUAUUAGAAAGUUUGUCGCACUCACAUUCAUACGGAUCAGCUUAGGGUACAUGGAGUAUAAGCGAAUUUAUGAGGGUAAAUGUUUAACAUCGAAUCAGAAGCCACCUUCCUUUCUCUAUUCAAUAUUAGACUUAAUAUGGGCAAGACUUAUAGCUGCAAUACUAUAUCCAAUUCAUAUGCUGGCAAAUAAACUGGUCUACAGUAAAAUCCGUUCAACCAUUGGAAUAUCAAAGGUUGCAAUAAGUGGUGGUGGUAGCUUACCUUCUCAUGUUGAUAAAUUUUUUGAGGCUAUUGGUUUCAAUUUGCAGAAUGGAUAUGGUUUAACAGAAACUUCACCGGUUAUUGCUGCUCGGCGACCUGGUUGUGACGUUAUUGGAUCUGUGGGGUAUCCAAUCAAGCAUACAGAAUUCAAAGUUGUAGAUUCUGAAACUGGUGAAAUUCUUCCACCUGGUUCAAAGGGAAUACUGAAAGUCAGGGGCCCACCAUUGAUGAAAGGAUACUACAAGAAUCCUUCAGCUACAAGUCAGGCCAUAGAUAGGGAUGGCUGGCUGAAUACUGGUGACAUAGGUUGGAUUGUUCCCUACCAUUCAACUGGACGGAGUCGUAAUUCUGGUGGUGUGAUUGUUGUUGAAGGUCGUGCUAAAGACACCAUUGUGCUUUCAUCAGGUGAAAAUGUUGAACCGGGAGAACUUGAAGAAGCUGCGUUGAGAAGUAACCUCAUACAACAAAUUGUUGUUAUUGGCCAGGAUAAGCGACGUCUGGGAGCUGUAGUUGUUCCUAAUAAAGAAGGAGCUUUAAAGGUAGCGAGGGAAUUGUCAAUUAUAGAUUCCAAAAGUUCAGAUAUCAGUCAAGAAAAAUUGACCAGUCUAAUAUAUAAUGAAUUAAGGACCUGGACGUCAGAGUUUCCAUUUCAAAUUGGGCCAAUCCUUCUCGUGAAUGAUCCCUUCACGAUUGAUAAUGGGCUAAUGACACCCACAAUGAAAAUUCGAAGGGAUAGAGUUAUGGCUCAAUUCAAGGACCAAAUAGAGAAUCUAUACAAGUAAACUUCUCUAGUGCCAAUGGUGGGGCAUAAUAUACUCAUACAGUCAUACUAAUUGAUUACAGUUAUAGCAUAACUAAAUAAUUAGAUUGAUAAUAACAUUUUAUGAUAUUUAUAGUGACUCAUGUAACUUCUAACAUAUUACUUCUCUCUUUUGAUUUAAGAUUUGUGAUUUUAUGUUAAUUUUACGGUAAAUUACACUAUUCC